AUGCAGAGGCGAGUACGGCGAAUCUUCACUGCUAUAAGAGAGCACAGCUCCGUGAGUUACGCUAAAAUUGCUACGGUGAGUGGCUUUUGCGACGUUGAUCUAAUCACAAUAAAAGCAACAGCUCCGGAGGACUCACCUUUGCCCGAGAAGUACAUCCAUGAGCUCUUGAAGAUCUUCUCCAUUUCUCCAUCUUCCUUGCAAGCCUUUUUACUCAGCUUCACUCGCCGUUUCGGCAAGACUCGCUGCUGGCGUGUUGCCCUCAAGUGUUUACUUCUCCUUCACAGGCUGCUUAGGUCAGUCCCCGACGACAGCCCGUUUCCAUCAGAGCUCCUUUGGACUCGAUCCAACGGUUUGCUCACUCUCCACCCAUGUCACUUCACGGACGAUUCUUCGCCUUCCGCAGCCUCUCGAGACUACACCGCUUUCAUCAGAUACUACGCUCAACUCCUGGACGAAGCUCUCAAUUGCUUUGUCUUAGAUAGCAACCUCGCACAAGAAUGUGAAGAAACUACUCUACGCGAUAAGAUGAAGGGAGUUGGACGAGUGCUUGAAGUUUUUCCACAGCUCCAGAGCCUCAUUGAUCGCGUCAUGGACUGCAGGCCAACAAGGUUCACGGAACGAAGCUGUAUUGUUCGGUCGACUAUGAAACAUAUUAUCCGAGACAGUUUCAUAUGUUAUAGAAUGUUCCGGAAGGAGAUUGUUGUCGUUUUAGACAAUCUUCUCCAAAUGCCGUAUGGGAGUUCUAUAUCAGCCUUCGGUGUGUACAAGAAAGCCGCUCUCCAGGCAAACCAGCUGUGCGAGUUUUAUGAAUGGUGCAAAGGUAUGGGACUUUGUGGGUCUUACGAAUACCCCUUUGUUGAUCGAAUUCCGAAUAUACAAAUCCGAGCUCUCGAGACUUUCCUCAGCGGAAUGUGGCAGAUGACUCCGUUGUCAUCGUCCCCCACUGCGUCUCCGUCAUCGUCUGAGUCAACUUUAACGGUAGACGAGGGUGAGAGACAGCUGGUCCCAUUAAUGGUUAUUGAAAAUACUACCGCUAGCAAAUGGGAAAAGUCGGAAGACACUGCUGAGGAAGAGAUGGAGCCAUUGAUUAAGUUGGAAGACGAUGAAAAAGUUGGCUGGGACGACUGGGAGGCUCUUUUAGAAGCUUCUGUUAGUCUGCCGGCUUGCGCUCCUAGAAACUUCUUCGUCCUAAACCAUAAUGGCUACGAUUACGAAUAUUCCCAUGUGCAUGAUUAUAGUACGAGCAAUGGACAAGGAGACGAGACGAAUACGUCGAAGUUGCAGAUAGACAAUCCGAAUCCGCUUAAUCCUUUCUGCUAG